AUGGUUUCCUUUCUCUUGCUUAAUCUUUUCCCUCUUUUCUUCCUGUUGUCACUAAGUUCCAUUACCACUGUAUUCUCGGACCUCGAGGCUGACCGUUCGGCGCUGCUCCGCCUAAGAGACGCGGUCCGCGGCCGUACCCUACGAUGGAACGCCAGUAGUUCAAAUCCUUGUUUAUGGGAAGGUGUGAAAUGUAACAAUGUAACCAACCGUGUUACGGAUGUUCGCCUCCCUGGAGACGGCCUAACCGGCCAGCUCCCACCAAAUUCCAUUGGAAACUUGAGCGAACUCCGAGUCCUCAGCCUCCGGGGAAAUAUUCUUUCCGGUCCAAUCCCUUCUGACUUGGGCUCGUGCACCAAGCUACGCAAUCUUCAGUUGCAGGGAAACCGUUUCUCAGGCAAAAUACCGGAGACUUUAUUUACAUUAAAAAAUCUUGAACGUUUGAAUUUAGCCCAGAACAGCUUCUCCGGCGAUCUAUCAUCUGCUUUUAACAACCUUACCAAGUUAAGGAUUUUGUACUUGGAAAACAAUCAGUUCACUGGAUUACUUCCUCAUUUGAAUAGCGUCACUAAGCUUGAGGAGUUUAACGUUUCAUUUAACGCAUUAACGGGCUCAAUCCCGCCAAGAUUGGAUAAUUUUCCCUCCCAAACUUAUCUAGGAACCUUUCUUUGUGGUCGACCUCUUGAUUCUUGUCCCAGUAAUGGAAACAAACUCUCAGGUGGAGCAAUAGCUGGAAUUAUUGUUGGAUCAGUAAUUGCAUUGCUCUUAACUCUUGUAAUUAUGUUCAUUAUAUGGAGAAGAUAUAGAAGCCCGGAAAUUCUCCAGCAUGCCGCAAAUUCACCAAUGCCUCUUUCUCCUGUCCAGCUACCGGAUAUAGGAUUUCCAAGUCCUGUGUCUAUCAUUACAGCAGCAGAAGACCAGCAAUUCAGCAAUAGUUUUGCUUCCAGAAAGAGAGAGGGAAAGGUAGUUGUGCAAGGUGGAAAUGAUGGUUUGGUGCUUUUCGGGGAAGACGUAGAAAUGUUCAGUUUAGAAGAGUUAUUGAGGGCUUCUGCUGAGGUAUUAGGGAAAGGGAGAGUUGGAACCACAUACAAGGCAUAUGUAGAAAGUGGGGUUCAGGUAAUUGUUAAGAGGUUAAAAAAUGUUUGUCUUUCUGAGAAAGAGUUUAAGAGAGCAAUUGAAGAUUUGGGUUCACUUAUACAUGAGAAUUUGGUGCCUCUUAGAGGAUACUUUUAUGGUACAGAAGAAAAGCUGCUUAUUUUUGAGCCAAUGCCUAGAAGCUUGUCUAUGGUUCUGCAUGGAGACAACAGGCGAUCGUUGAAUUGGGAAAUCAGAAGCAAAAUUGCGAUCGAUGUUGCCAACGGCAUCCAGUAUCUCCACUCACUCGACCGUGAUACUACACAUGGAAAUAUCAAAUCAUCGAACAUUCUGCUCACAGAAUACUACGAUGCCUGCCCUACUGAAUUCGGCCUCACACGACUCGUUUCAAACAUAACUUCACCCAAUCUGAACGGUUACCAGGCACCUGAAGUGACAGAUUCACGCAAGAUUUCGAAGAAAGCCGAUGUAUACAGUUUUGGCGUCCUUCUUUUGGAAUUGCUGACCGGUAAGGAACCAGAUAGUGUUUUGAUGGAGGAUGGGAUAAAUUUGCCGAGUUGGGUUCAAUCUGUUGGGCAAGAAAAGUGGAUAAUUGAAGUGUUUGAUCCUGAGUUGAUUAGGUUCGACUACUUUGAGGAUCAAAUGGUACGAGUUUUGAAUCUCGCCAUUUCUUGCACUGCACAACAUCCUGAUAGAAGACCAUCCAUGGUAGAGAUCAGACGAAGUAUAAAUGAAAUCUGUGCGUAA